GCAAAAACGGACUUAUUAUCCGAAAUAUUUGAGCCGUGUUUAGCUUUGGCACAAAUUAUCGAUCACGUGACAAGAAUCGUAAUAUUUAUGCUGGUAGAUAAGCCUAUUAAGAGAAGACAGCAAAUUUGUAACAAUCAAUUGACUUUAUACUCAGGCUAUAAGUGGAGCAGUUCAACAUGAGUGGGCCACUACAUUCAGAAGAGUUCACCAUUGUGACAACCAAUGAUAAUGGAGUGCUUUCCACUACCGAUGAUUACUCCGACUAUGAGGAUUACAAUACUGAGGAGGAGUAUUUAACAGACAAAGAACAGCCAUCUGAGUACAUUUUGCAAAUGCCUAAAUUUCAAGCUAGUGAUUCGAACAUUUCACAACAGUUUACGUUUGAUAAUCGUCCAGUUCAAGUUAUAGAAAAUUCAACACCAUUCACUUCUGAUUCCGAGGAAAAAGCCACAGAUUUUGCUGAUUAUUAUGAUACUUACGCAGACAAAUUUAUAGAAUUUAUGAAUUAUAACCCUACUACUUAUCAUACUGUACUUCAUUUCAAGUCCUUAUUAGAGAAUAAUGGCUUUAAAUAUAUAAAGGAGAAUGAAUUGAUUAAUCUUGAAGGUAAGCCAGGAUUUUAUUUCACUUCUAAAGAUGACUUAACUUUAAUAGCCUUCGUAAUCGGAGGGAAAUGGAAACCUUCCAAUGGGAGUUGUUUUAUUGGCAGUCAUUGUGAUGCUUUGUCAGUUAAAAUCAAUCCACAUAAUCUGACAAAAGUUUCGUCUGAUAAGGAAUCUGAACCAUAUGAAUUGUUGGGGGUAGCACCUUACUCAGGAGCAUUGAAUCACUUAUGGUUAAAUAGAGAUUUGGCAUUAGCAGGUGCAGUAUUAGUUAAAGAUCAGCAAACUAAGAAGGUUACCAGGAAGUUAGUUAACUCAUUUCCCCAUCCAGUUGGUUUUAUACCUCAAUUGGCUCCUCAUUUUGGUCUUCCUGAAAAGGAAUAUAAUACACAAACUGAAAUGGUUCCAAUAAUAUCAUAUAAGGAUUCAAAUGUAUAUGAAGAGUUGAAACCAACUGAGGAGGAAAAGUCUUCCAUAUUAUACAAUAGACAUUCACUUGGUCUAUUAAGAUAUGUUACUGAAUUAUCACAAUCUUCAUUAUCUUCCAUAGUUGCUUUGGACUUGGAUUUGGUAGAUUCUCAACCAGCUAUUAGAGGUGGAUUAGAUGAAGAAUUUAUUUAUUCCUCUAGCUUGGAUGAUAGAUUAUGUUCAUUUGAUUCUAUUUAUGGAUUAAUAGAAUUCAGUCAAAAGUUUUAUAAAGAAGGUAAUGACAUUGAAUCUUAUGAUGGGUUUAAUGGAAUUUAUUUGUCCAAUCAUGAGGAAAUUGGAAGUGCUACCAGGACAGGUGCCAAAGGAGGCUUUUUAAUUGAUAUUUUCAAGUCCAUAGUCUCUACUAAAACUGAAGUUAAUCCUCAAGAGGCUUUAUUACAAUUAACUCAUAACUCUGUACUUUUAUCAACUGAUGUUACCCAUGCUUUAAAUCCUAAUUUCAAGAAUGUAUAUCUUGAACAUAAUUUUCCUUUACCUAAUGUCGGACCAUCAAUAAAAUUUGAUUCUAACAUGCAUGUGUUGAGUGAUUCAUCAGCAUAUGUCUUUUUACAAGAUAUAAUUACUAAUCAUUUACCCGAUAUAAAAUUACAACAUUUCCAUAUCCGGAAUGAUAGCAGAUCAGGAGGUACUAUUGGUCCUAUAUUGAGUGAUUCUUUACGAGGUAUAAAUGGUGCUAAGUUAAUUAUUGAUGUUGGAUUACCUAUACUUAGUAUGCAUUCAAUUAGAAGUAUUAUGGGUUAUAAAGAUGUAGGAAUUGGUAUUAGAUUUUUCAAAGAGGUUUUUAACCGCUGGCAAGAAUCCGUUAAGAUAAUUGAUUAGUUAUUAGGAUAUUCUUUCUUUUUGACCCAAAUUUUAAGUGAUGCUGUCUCUAUAUUCUUUCUAUAAACUAUAUUCUUUCUAUAAACUAGCUUCGUUCUAGAAAGUGUUAUUGCAAUUUUAGAGUUAAAGAAGUAAUACAUGAAAGAAGAUUA